AUGGAAGUGGGACGCUCACAAGCUGGAAUUCAACUUUGCCAUCGCAAGUAUGCACUGGACAUACUCUCUGAAACAGGCCUAUUGGCAUCCAAGCCUUUUCCCUUGCCGAUGGAACCUAACAUCAAACUCAAAAAGGAUGAAGGUGAAGUCUUUCAUGAUCAUGCACUCUACCAUAAAUUGGUUGGUAAGCUUCUUUAUCUAACCAACACAAGGCCAUAUUUAAGUUAUAGUGUUAAUAUAUUUAGUCAAUUCAUGGAAAACCCACGAGUUCCUCAUUAUGAUGCCAUCGUUAAAGUUUUCAAGUAUGUCAAAAGUAAACCAGGACAAGGAAUUUUCUUCCCUACCAAUUCAACGUUGGAGCUCGUCGCUUACUCAGAUGCUAAUUGGGCCAACUGCCCAGACACACAAAGAUCGACCACUGGAUUUUGUGUGUUUGUUGGCAACUCCCUUGUUUCAUGGAAGUCCAAGAAGUAG